AUGGAUGCUAGUCUGUUCAGGGCUGUGGUUUUGAUGAGCAUGCUUGUGCUUGCAAUAGCUCAAUCUGAUAUUAAUCCCUCUUAUACCAAUGCGGUUCCAAAUGGCAACACUCUUGGUCAAGUUGAUGAUGUCUCUGAUCCUUCCAAUACAAAUCAUAUGGUUCCAAAUGGUCAUCUUAUUCCUUGUGCUCAAAACCAUGCUUCUGCAUCCUGCAAGCAUCAGAGGAGAAAAUGUGAUGAGACCUGUGAAAUGGCCGCAUACUUUCCAGCCAGCAGGUACAGUGAGUUCCAAAAUGCUCAUAAGAUCUUUGGUGUGAGCAACAUCCAAAAGAUCAUGGCCAUGGCUGCACCUGAUCAAAGACAGGCAGCUGCUGAAGCAUUCUCAGGGAAGGGAAUGCAAGGAAAAAUGAUCCUGUGCAUGCACCUAGAACUUUGCAAGGAGAAGGAAGAACUUGCUGGGGAAAAAAACCAAUCAAAAGAAGAAGACUUGCAGCAUGAUCAAUCUGAUGGUCUCAAUUUCCCAUCACCAAUCCUCCCUGAUCGGGUACUUACGAUGUCGUUCCCAGUUCGUUCCAACCAACAAGCUUUUCACAAAGUUGUCACUUGUCGUACUGCAUCAGUCUCAGCCUCCGAUGAUGUCUUCACUUGGGACGAUGUCGUUAGGAUAUCCGAACCGGUUCAGAUCUCAGAGGCUACUCGGAAAAGAUCAAAAUCUGCAAUCGCGCUUUCCUUGGAAUCGCACUCUGAGUUCCUUCCCUUUGAAAUUGAGGACCAUUCACAAAGGAAAAUUCAAACUCUAAUGGCGGUUUCAUUCAUCGCUGAGCAGAGGACGAGAGCUGUGGGAGAUGUAAUCAAAAGCUUAAGGGAAGAACAUAGUCCAGGUGAGAUUAAACAGUGA